ACUCCCGAAAGCUCACUUUUAGUCCUGGCCGUCGGCUGAGCGGAGCUGCGCAUGCGCCGCGUGCCCCCGUGGCGUAGAGCCUCGUCCCGUCACGACUAUCCGCUGGGCGGGGUCCGUGCUGGCCGAGGGUGCGCCGGCUGCCGGAGUGGACAUGGCGGCCUGCCCCACUGGGGCGGUGCUGGUCCUUCUGGGGGUGCUCAGUGUCUGUGCAGCCAGCGGAUAUGGGUCCGUGGCGGAGACGGAGGCUGGCGGGGAGGCGGAGUGGGCGGAACCGUGGGAUGGCGCGGUUUUCCGGCCGCCCUCGGCGCUGGGCGCAGUGGGUGUGACGCGCAGCUCCGGGACGCCGCGGCCAGGGAGGGAGGAGGUGGGGGACUUGCCGGUGCUGCUGUGGUGGAGCCCAGGGCUAUUCCCCCACUUCCCGGGAGACUCGGAGCGUAUCGAGUGUGCGCGCGGCGCGUGUGUGGCGUCCCGGAACCGCCGAGCGCUGAGGGACUCGCGGACGCGCGCGCUGCUCUUCUACGGCACAGACUUCCGCGCGUCGGACACGCCGCUUCCGCGCCUGGCGCACCAGAGCUGGGCGCUCCUCCACGAGGAGUCACCCCUCAACAACUUCUUGCUGAGCCACGGCCCGGGCAUCCGCCUCUUCAAUCUUACCUCCACCUUCAGUCGCCACUCAGAUUACCCGCUGUCGCUGCAGUGGCUGCCUGGGACCGCCUAUCUGCGCCGCCCGGUGCCUCCGCUCCGGGAACGCGCGGAGUGGCGCCGCCGCGGCUACGCGCCGCUGCUGUAUCUGCAGUCACACUGCGACGUGCCCGCGGACCGGGACCGCUACGUGCGCGAGCUCAUGCGCCACAUCCCGGUAGAUUCCUACGGGAAAUGCCUGCAGAAUCGGGAGCUGCCCACCGCGCGGCUACAGGACACAGCCACGGCCACCACCGAGGAUCCAGAGCUCUUGGCUUUCUUGUCCCGCUAUAAGUUCCACUUGGCCCUGGAAAAUGCCGUCUGUAACGACUACAUGACGGAAAAACUGUGGCGUCCCAUGCACCUGGGCGCUGUGCCCGUGUACCGCGGCUCUCCCUCUGUGAGGGACUGGAUGCCGAACAAUCACUCCGUCAUCCUGAUUGAUGAUUUUGAGUCUCCUCAGAAGCUGGCAGAGUUUAUUGACUUUCUGGACAAGAAUGAUGAGGAGUAUAUGAAAUACCUGGCAUACAAGCAACCUGGGGGCAUCACCAACCAAUUCCUUCUGGAUAGUCUGAAGCAUCGGGAGUGGGGAGUGAAUGAUCCUUUGCUGCCUAACUACCUCAACGGCUUCGAGUGUUUCGUCUGUGACUACGAACUGGCUCGGCUGGAUGCCGAGAAAGCCCACGCGGCCUCUCCCGGGGACAGCCCCAUCCUUGAGCCCCACAUUGCCCAGCCCUCACACAUGGACUGCCCAGUGCCCACACCUGGCUUUGGCAAUGUGGAAGAGAUUCCUGAGAAUGACAGUUGGAAAGAGAUGUGGCUGCAAGAUUAUUGGCAAGGUCUGGACCAGGGGGAAGCUCUCACUGCCAUGAUCCACAACAAUGAAACAGAGCAGAGGAAAUUUUGGGAUUACCUACAUGAAAUCUUCAUGAAAAGGCAGCAUCUCUAAGUGCCCUUGCAAGAGUCUUUACCUUGGCGGAGCUAAGGAGAUCUUAUUCUACCAUGGGACAUAAGGAGCAUCCACUGCACAAACCCUUAACGAACACUGUCUUUUCAUGGAUUCAAGGAAUUCCAGUUUUAUCUAUUAAGAUUUUAUCUUAAUGAUGAGUAGCCAAGGUCUAACAUAGGGCCUCUCCUCAAGGAGAGAUGGAGGCAUACAAUUCUUCGUUCAGUGGGAAACAGAACCCUAAAACAUCCAUUUGAUUCAAGGUGCUGGUUCAACAGAGUUUUUAAAUUACUCACUUCUUUAUUUCAUCCUUUCAACUGUACUUGAUUACCAGUGAAGUAAGAUGGGUCAGGUUACGAUUUACAACUUUUGUUCUAUUCCCCAAACUCCUCAUUAUUCAGUACGUUUCCCAAUAAUUGCUUUUUCUCAUCUCUUGCUUUAUAAAUUGUUAUGUUGGUGGAGAAGCAAAACAUUUGGUGAGUUGUAUUCUGGUUUUCCGGAGUUGGAUUUUUUAUAUUAUAUACUUUGCUUUCAUGUCAAACUUCUAUUUUAAUUAUUAUUAUUUUUUUUUGUAUUUUUUGUAGAGAUGAGGUUUUGCCACGUUGCCCAGGUUGGUCUCCAACUCUUGGAUCAAGCAAUCCAUCCGCCUUGACCUCCCAGAGUGCUGGGUUUACAGGCAUCAGCCACCUCACCCAGCCCUAAUUUUUUUUUUUGGCUUUUUCUGGCCAGGCGUAGUGGCUUAUGCCUGUAAUCCCAACACUUUGGGAGGCCGAGGAGGGGCGACUGCUUGAAGCCAGGAGUUUGAGACCAUCCUAGCAAGACCUUGUCUCUAAAAAAAAUAAAAGAAUUAGCAGGGCAUGGUGGUGCACACCUGUAGCCCUAGAUACUUGGGAGGUUGAGGCAGGAGGAUCGCUUGAGUCCAGGAAUUUAAGGCUGCAGUGAGCUAUGAUCAUGAUCACUGCACUCCAGCCUGGGUGACAGAGCGAGACACCGUCUCAAAUUAUAUAUAUAUUUUGAGAUGGAGUCUCGCUCUGUCACCAGGCUGGAGUGCAAUGGCAUGAUCUCGGCUCACUGCAACCUUCACCUCCCUGGUUCAAGCGAUUCUCCUGCCUCAGCCUCCUGAGUAGCUGGGACUGCAGGCAUGCACCACCACGCCCAGCUAAUUUUUUGUAUUUUUAGUAGAGACGGGGUUUUGCCAUGUUGGCAAGGAUAGUCUCGAUCUCUUUACUUUGUGAUCCGCCUGCCUUGGCCUCCCAAAGUGCUGGGAUUACAGGUGUGAGCCACUGCACCUGGCCUCAAAUACAUUUUUUAAAUGGCCUUGUCUUUACUGGUUUUAGGCCCUUUUCCACAAUUUCUGAUGGAAAUACAGAAACCUUGCCAUCAUUCUUACUGCUGGUUUGCAUCUUAUUUAUGGUGUAUCUGGGAUUCCUUCUCAUGAACAGAAAGAUUCAGUGGCUGUUAUAUGCCUUGUCAAUUUAAUGUAUUGCCCUGUCCUCUUUUUGAUCAAAGAUGGAGAGUAAGACUGGGAAUCAUGACAGAAAAAGUCAUAUUUUUCGUUAAAUGAUUUUGAAAUGUUAAAAUAGGCCAAUAUGAGUCAAAGUGCAAAUUUUUCGGUGAGAAGGUUGACAAAAAAAAAAAAAUCCAGGAAAAAAAGUGCAAAUUUUUGUAGGUCCUAAUUCUUCUGUUUGCCUAAUGAAGUGUUCCCUCUAUUUUAUUGUUUUUAUAUGCUACAAAGUCCCAUCUUCUGCAGUUAUGGAAACAGUGUAGCAGUAUGUUUUAGUAAUUAUUUCAUAAUCUGUAGCACUUUUCACUUCAAGUGCAAUGAAUAGUCCAGCUUCAUUCACUGUAUUACUAAUAGGCUUCCCUAUGACUUUUUUUUUUUUUUUUUGAGAUGGAAUUUCGCUCUUGUUGCCCAGGCUGGAGUGCAAUGGCGAGAUCUCAGCUUACUAGAAUCUCUGCCUCCCCAGUUCAAGUGAUUCUCCUGCCUCAGCCUCCCGAGUAGUGGGGAUUACAGGCGCCUGUCACCACGUCUAGCUAAUUUUUGUAUUUUUAGUAGAGAUGGGGUUUCACCAUGUUGGCCAGUCUGGUCUCGAACUCCUGAGCUCAGGUGAUUCACUUGCCUUGGCCUCCCAAAGUCCUGGGAUUACAAGUGUGAGCCACCGUGCCCAGGUGCCCCCACCUUUUUUUUUUUUUUUUGAGGCAGAGUCUCACUCCAUCACCAAGGCUAGAGUGCAGUGGCGUGAUUUUGGCUCACUGCAGCCUCUGCCUCCCAGGUUCAAGCAAUUCUCCUCGUGCCUCAGCCUCCAGAGUGGUGGGAUUACAGGCACACACCACCACGCCUGGCUAAUUUUUUUGUAUUUGUUUUAGUAGAAACAGGGUUUUGCCAUGCUGGCCAGGCUGGUCUCAGACUCCUGAGCUCAAGUGACCCACUGGCCUCGGCCUCCCAAAGUGCUGGGAUUACAGGAGUGACCCAUCGUGCCCAGCCUGAGGCUACUUUUUGAUGGAGCCCACUCAAGGGGAUGAGGAGGUUUAAGCCACAAGUGGCUGGCUAAAUAAAAGCUUAGUCAGAGCCGGGCGCGGUGGCUCACACCUGUAAUCCCAGCUACUUGGGAGGCUGAGGCAGGAGAAUUGCUUGAACCUGGGAGGCAGAGGUUGCAGUAAGCCGAGAUCGCGCCAUCGCACUCCAGCCUGGGCGACGAACGAAACUCCAUCCCCUCCGCCCAAAAAAAAAGAAGCUUAGUCAGAUUUGGGGAUGCAGCCAAACCCUUCUAUUGCUGUGAUUUGAACAUACAGUCUAAUGAGCAGGGAGACCAUUAGCUCUUUCUGGGGCAGUGGGACAGGAAAGAAUACCUUGGACCUUAGAGCUACUCUAGUUGUAAUGUAUUAAUGAGUUAUCACUAGAGAAGUUCCACAGUUUAUCAAUAUAUUAUCUAUACCUAUAUCUACAUAUCUAUCUAUAUAGAUAGAUAUAUGUUAGAUGCUUCAACAACUAGGGUCUACACUUAAUAUACUGACAUCUAAGGAUGUGGCCAAGAAAAGCUGUAAUUAGGCUGAAUUUUAUUGCCAAAGUUGUUCUUUUUUCAUUUAGUCCUUUAAUAAAAGAUGAUCUUCAUAAAUUACAGAAAGUUUGCUUACCCUGUUUGACCUUUUGCAGAAAAGAACAAGAGGGAAGACAGACCUUCAGGCUGGGUGCAGUGGCUCAUGCCUGUGAUCCCAGCACUUUGGGAGGCCAAGGUAGGAGGAUCGCUUGAGCCCAGGGAUUCAAGACCAGCUUGGGUAACAUGGCAAAACCCCAUCUCUACAAAAAACAGAAAAAAUUAGCUGGGCAUGGUGUGUGUGCCUGUAGAUCCAGCUACUUGGGAGGCUGAAGUGGGAGGAGCGCCACUGCACUCCAGCGUGGGUGACAGAGUGACACCCUGUCUCAAAAACAGAAACUAAAAAAAAAAAAACCUUCAAAAAUAUAUCUAAGCCAGAUGUGAUGGCAUGGGUCUGCAGUUCCAGCUACUCAGAAGGCUAAGGCAGGAAGAUCGCUUGAGCCCAAGAGUUUGAGGCUGUAGUACGCUGUGAGUACGCCUAUGAGUACCAACUGGGCAACACAGUGAGACCCCUGUCUUUAAAAAAAAAAAAAAAAAAUCUGUUGGGCUGGGUGAGGUGGCUUAUGCCUGUAAUCCCAGCACUCUGGGAGGCCAAGGCGGGUGGAUCACCUGAAGUCGGGAGUUCGAGACCAGCCUGACCAACAUGGAGAAACCUCAUCUCUACUAAACAUACAAAAUUAGCUGGGCGUGGUGGCAUAUGACUAUAAUCCCAGCUACUCAGGAGGCUGAGGCAGAAGAAUUGCUUGAACCCAGGAGGCAGAGGUGGUGGUGAACCGAGAUCACGCCAUUGCACUCCAGCCUGGACAACAAGAGCAAAACUCCAUCUCAAAAAAAAAAAAAAAAAUCUGUUAAAAUUUGAUAUAGUAGACACUGACAAAAGAGGUCAAAUGCAGGACUGAUUUCUAAGCUUGCAAUCUAUCUAAAUGCAGAUGCUAAUUUAGAGUGCAUAAUACAUAUUACACAAGUACAGACCUAGAUUAGGGCUUAAAUUUCAUUAUGUGCAAUAAAAAGGUUAAGUGAUGGUUAAACAAGGUGUAGAUUAUCGUUACCUCUCCUAAUGACAUGAGCUCACACUGGCAUUCCUUUGGUACUUUUACAUAUAAAGUGGGCAGUUGUUUCUGAAUGACUGUUGCUGGAGCCUCAGGCCUGCUUUGUGCUUGGUGCUGUCCAGACUUUCUCCUUUAUUCCUAUCACCAUAUACAUACUCACAAAAGAGCAGUGUAAACCAGGUGUUACAUUUCCACAAGGUAAAGUAGAACCCACAAGGGAAAGUAGAACUAGGAAUAGUCACAUGAUACUUACUGAAAGCUUCACUUUCCCUAUAGAGAAAGCAAGCAACAUGAAUCUUCUGAUUUGGGGCCCAGCCUGCUCUGUAUACAGCAGCAGGCUCACUCACUGUAGGUUGGCGUUAUUGGUGAUAGAAAUGUCUGAUAGGAGUCUUUUAAUUAUACUCUGGAGUGUGGAGGUGGAGUGCAAGGCUGCUUCCUUUAUUACUGCAAGUGUUAUUUUCUAUUAUCUCAGGUUUCGUUUUGUGUAAUAAACUGCUUCUUGUUAA